UGGACUACACACACAUGAGUAAAGACACGGACAGAGGAGCUGCUAGUGGAUUGUAUGAGAGUGUUGCACUGAAUCUGACGGAGUUAUGUACUGUGCUCAUCCUGUCUCUGGCACAGGCAACAACUCCCUGAUGUAUUGCUACAACAUGAAACCGGUUUAUGGGCAGUCUCCCAAUAAUGACGACGACAUCAACCAGAACUCAUCUUUUCAUCCAUCCUCCAAGGCCCACAACAAUGUGUUCGCAAGCACCUUCUUUGAGGGGACAAGCAAUUCGCCUGACAUCUGGAAUGCUGUAAAUGGGCUGAACCAGCAGGGCUAUGAAGGUGCUCUGGGAGCAGCCCACCAGACCCAGGCGGGGGGGUACAGCAGCCUGCAGCCGGUGCAGCACAGUCACCUGGACUACUCUCCACACUCAGUGGUGGCUGCCGACAUGAACAGGGGUCUCCCUCCAAUGUCCACCUUUCACCGCAACAACACAGCAUCACACACUCCGACAAUCAACAACUCAGACAAUUCAACAGUCUCAGGAAGCAAGGGACAUGUGUCAGGAGGAUCACAGACAGGCGAUACCUUGGGCAAAGCUCUGGCCUCUAUUUAUUCCCCCGAUCACACCAGCAGCAACUUCCCCUCCAGCUCGUCCACACCAGUCAGGUCUCCGUCCCCGAAUGCAACUGAACCUGAAGGUACCAACAUGUGGCCCCGGAGUUCAGCCCAAGCACCAGUCUCACCACACUACGAGUCUUCCCUUAUAUCAUUGUCUCAGGUGGAGGACCGGCUGGACAGACUGGACGAUGUGAUCCACGUCCUGAGGAACCACGCUGUGGGCCCUACGGCCGGCCUGCCUGCAGACAUCCACGGCCUGCUGAACCAGAACCUGCAGGGCCUCCUGGGAUCUGCCGGCCCCCUGCCGCUCACCUGCCACACUCCAACCAUGGUUGAAGCUGUCAAUAUGAACAACAACCACCCAGCCUUCCAGAGCCGCACACAAAAUGGCCACCCGUACCCAGUCAGACAGAGGGCCACAAUACAUGACAUGCAAAGUGCAGGAAGUAAUCUGGAGCUGAAAAUGGAGAGCAGGGAACGAGAAGAGAUGAACCACACUAACCACAGUCACAGCUCCGACAGCCAGAGAUCAGAUGAGGAGAGCAAAAACAAAACACAAGGAGAUAACAGUUUCAGCGGUCACUUCAGGACAACCCUCUUCAUGACAUCAGCUCUGGAGCCUGAUAUCGAUGAGGAUGAGAAUCUGACCCCGGAGCAGAAGGCCGAACGUGAGCGCGACAGGAGGAUGUCCAACAACUCCCGUGAGCGCCUGCGUGUGCGGGACAUCAACGAGGCCUUCAAGGAGCUGGGUCACAUGGUUCAGCUGCACCUGAAGAGCGAGAAGCCGCAGACCAAGCUGCUGGUGCUGCACCAGGCCGUGUCUGUGAUCCUCAGCCUGGAACAACAAGUCAGAGAGAGGAACCUGAACCCGAAGGCAGCGUGUCUGCGGAGGAGAGAGGAAGAGAAGGCGUCUGCAGCCAUGGCGGAUCAACAGUCCAUGCAUCUCGCUUUCCAUCCCAGUCUGACAGACCCAUCAAACCCCAUGGGCCACCUCUGAGCAUCUGAUAAUAACUGAAUCAAAUACAGCAUAAAAUGCUGAUCGAAGAGCAACCAGGAAGCCCUCUCCGUUUGAACAAUCAUCUCCUUGCUUCCCAACCGGACUUCUAACUUUGUGCCUACACUUAACUUGUAACAGACAAAUGCAUUGUAAACUGCCGAUGUUUUGUACAUAUUUUAUAUAUUUAUUGGUUAUCUGUCUGUUUUGAAUAUAUCUGAAAGGAUGAAACCCAGUAGUGACGAGUGUCAUCUGCAGUUUUGAUUUUUGGAGGAGCCAGAUAUGUUUCUGAUUGAUCUUUUCAGUGUAUCACUAUUAACCACGUACACUCGUGAUUUUCAUCGAGCUCAGAGAACUGACAUUCCCAUAUUUGUGUUCAGACAUCGGAUUUAAAUUGUCCUGUGGUGUGUGUGAGAGUGUGUGAGCUGUUGUUUAGUGUGUGCAUGUGUGCGAAGGAGUUUGACCAUUCUAUGAAUGAACAGAUCUCCCAAAAUGUUCUUUGACAGGUCGGCAUCAUCUGUUAUUUGUACAUAUUUCACACAUUUAUGUAAUAGCACUGUUAACAGGAUCACACUUAACGAGACGGAGGUGGAAAAUGGACUUUGUCUUCUCAGAGUAAAUCUCGCUCUUCAGACUUAGUCAAAGCUCUUUGCAUGUUUGAGUUUUUACUAGAAUAUUCAUUUUUUAUAAGUUAUGUAACUUAUCUUUCAUACAAAUAUUGUGCAUUUCAUAAUGUCUCCAUUUACUUUUACAUAUGAAAACCUUUUUGUGCUGUUUUAAUAGAUGUAGCCAUAUUCCAUGCUCUGAGCAAUACAGUGUAACAUAGUAAUUGAUGUCUUGUUUGCAUAUCAAACUGCUAAACAAAUAAUAAUUAAAAAUAAUCUGGAAUUAUUUCCAUCAUGACAUGUACAGUUUAAGUAGCCAACAGGCAUGUGUCAAAGGAUAAUGUAGCAAUAAAUGUGUCUUUUCAAAUAG